GUGUAAACAUGAAUUCGUCUGCAGCAAAUCAUCUGAUGCUCUUUUUAAUAGGUGUCAUCUUUGUAAAAAGCGCAUCUUUAAGUGUAAUGAAAACAGUGAAGAGGGGAACUACGGUCUCUCUUCUGUGUUCAAACAUCUUGAGAGAGCCCAGUUAUGUUGCCUGGUUCAAGCACACAAGUGAUUCUCUGCCGCUUUGCAUCGCUACUCAAUACGUGGGUGAACAACCAGCGGACUCCAUAUAUUUCAACGGCUUUCAGAAGAAUCAUUUAGAGAUGUCAGUGAACCAAACAUUUUCUUCCUUGAAGAUUGUAAAUGCGGACAUCUUUGAUUCUGGAGUUUUUUACUGUGGAAGCUUUUUGUCGAACCGUAUGAUGUUUCACAAUAAAACACAGUUAGUGGUGGUAAAUGAGACUAACCAUUUGGAAGAGGAUAUUGCAAUUAUGGUAUGGGCUACUGAAGAAAAUUUGAGAUCCUGCCAUAUCUAUUAUACAAUGGCACUGAUUCUGAGUGGCUUUGUUUUGCUUGCCAUUUUAUUUGUGAUUGUAGUCUCAUUCAAACUGAAGAAAAGAAACAAGCAGAAGGGCAUGUCAACACACUUAUAUACACAAUAAACCUUUAACCAUUAGAUCUAAACAAAACAAGCGCUCUAGGAUGGUAAUAAUUAUUGAUUUUCUUGUUUUGUUUUUUUUAGAUGCCCACAGUCAAGAGAUACACAGACACUUUCAAAAGGAUCAGGAUCCAGACCUGCACUGGAAGUUGAACAGAAGAUCAGUAAAAAGUAUGAGUGAUGUGGAGACAUAUAUAGUUUAUGCUGCUUUAAUUAACAAUUUAAUUAAUAAGGAAU